GCAAUGAGCUCGGAGUCGGGUCGAGACGCGGUGCCGUCCGAGCCCGCGGCGCUCGAGGCGCGCUCGGAGCAACGCGGGCCGGGCGGCGACGACGCGCCGAUGGGGUCUUCGGUCGGAAGGUCCUCUUCCGCGGGCGCGACAGCAGCUUUUCGAAAGAGGCCCAGGCGGAAGCCCGUUCAAUUGCCGACAGUGCGGUCGAAAGACAGAGCGCAGACGCCGUCGCUUGCGGGCGGGGGGCGCUCUCUCGAAAGGGGUGGAAGCGCCGAAGGGAUUAAAUUUGCGGACGAAGGUGCAGGCCUCAAGGUUGCGAAGACAGAGGAGCGAGAAUUUCCCUUGGUAUCAGAUCGCCGUCCGUCGGAGGAUAUUGGCGCGCCUGAUCUCGAGGAUUUUGGCCACGGAUUUUUUUUCGAAGACGAGGAUUCUUCAGAAGGUGACUGGUCUAGUUCUAGCGACUCGGAACCGUCCGAAGGUCUCGCCGAUGCAGGCCAAACGGACGAACUUGACGCGCUCGGGUCAAGGGGCAAGGACGAUCAAGCUGAGCCAGUGGAAAAAAACAGCGCUUCUCGGACGGGGCUGAGGGACUUCCUACACAUCUGCCGGUUUGUGUUUGGCGAGAGCAAAUGGAAAUCCGACUGGCGCUUGUCGAAGUGCGUGAGAGACAAGCCCAAGAGCGCCAACAUAAAGAGCAUGUGGUACACGGACUUGUCUCAGUUUAGUCUUCGCAUGAAGCACCGCCGCGCAUUUUGGCCGGUCCCGAUGGACGAAUCGCGCUUGGAGCGCUUUUCGAAGCGAGAUGCGAGUUUCAUCGCCCAGGUAAGACAUUUGCACAGAGACCUGCUCAUCUUUCAUCCAGACGAUCCCCUGUCGUGUCUCGAGGAGGAGAGGUCUCCCGUGCGCAGCUUACUGCCACCCAUCGGCAUCCUCGACGACUCUGUCUGCGAGGGCGCACGCGAGGGCUCGUUCAUCGAGAGCCUGGCUCAGGUUUGCCGCGAGUCAGAGGAGGGCGGGGGGUGUGGCGCCGGCUCGGACCUCCCGUCUGAAGAUGACAGGUUCAAAGAGUUGUACCGACUGAACCAAAAGCUGUUUAACUCUUUCUACCCGUACCCCGUCCUAUCGGCCGCUUCCGUGGACUACGCGAUCCCGGAUCCCCUGGUCGGCUCGAGGGAGGACGUGAACACCUACAACGCGAUCACGUGCGCUCUGUACAGCGAGACAGAGAGGACUUGGACCAAAUUGCUGGUUUAUGCGACACGUCACCGCGACCGCUUUCUUUGCGACGCAGAUUCGACGAACGGAGAUACGUCGGAGGAGAGCAGCGUCAGCGAGUCGAGUUCGUCGCCGUCUGACGCCUCCGAGACGGAGCGAGACCUCGUCAGGCGCGACCGCGAAGAUUCGGAUCGUUCCGACGACCAGGGCGUUCCCGGCGCUCUGGACUCUCCUGCGGCCGACGCGGGGUCCGUCAGGGAGGAAGAAAGCAGUUCCGCGGAGGAGACGUCGAGCCGCGAAGCAAGAGAAGACGCCUCGGACGAACGCGCCUCUUUUUUCGACUCUGACACGAGCGACGACGCCGCCGCCGAAUACAACGACCCGCAAACAAAGGACAUUUACUCUCAUUGGGCUGUCGUCAUCGACAGCGACCAACAGAGCCCCACGACUCCGGAUGUGCCCCCUCCCCUCGUCGUCGACGCCGCGACUCAAUCCGUCCUGGUCUCGCAGGUGUAUGAGUGGAUGACUAUCCUGAUCGAUAGACUGCUGGACUACGCAGAAGAACCCGAGUCAGGCGCCAGACAGAAAAACGCCUGUCCACGCCCAUACAAACUCGUUCUGGACGUUCUGAACGAACUGGACGCGCCCCCAGAAGUCACGUCGAUGCUGGCGCUGAAACUCGACGCCAUCUAUGAAGACCCCGCGUUCCAGAAGCUCUGGCCGUUCGCCACCAACCGCUCGAAGCCGCAGUAAGAAGAAACCCAGCCGCUUCGCCCUCGCGGGCGCUCAAACUAGGCGCCCCCUCCCCCUGUCGCUCUUGAAACGGCGGUCGGUGCAAGUGGAGCACAAUUCUCGUUAUUUUGCGAAAAAAAGUACCAGAAACCGCGCUACGGGGGCCGCUUUUGCGGGCGCGUUUUAUUGGUGUGGCUUCAGAGAAACCUGUAUCUUUUUUUCCUCUUUGUUCUAGCGCGUCGCGGGUGCGACGAGAUGCGCCCGAGGGGAGCGGGAGUGCGACCGAGCGGCCCGGGCGGCGCCAAAAACAGCGUUGCCGAGGAGAAGGUGCAGGGCUCGGUGGGCGGACGAGGGGCCAUUUUCAGGGGCCGUUUAGGUAGAAGAAAGCGGGGGGUGGCGAGCGCUGGCUCUCUCCUCUCUCUCUCAUCACCGCGCCGAGGUUUAGCAUUUUUUUGUGAAAUAGAAGUGGGCUUUAAUGUGCGUCACUGCUAUUUUUUUUUUUACACUACAAGCAGGUUGGUUUGGGCCGGAGCGUGUCUAUGCAUGUUCGCUCUGCUGAAACGUUCUCUGUUGGGCUGCCAGAUAUCGUUGAGCAGGGUCCCGGCGCUUUGCUAGUCGUACGCGGGGGUGCCAGAUUUGCGCAGCACGGCGGUCUGUGCCGCUGAGUGACCAAAGGUUAUAGAAAACAAGAAGCGCUGGUUUUUUCGGUUGUUCAACACACGCGAGACAGAUCCGUUCAGUUUGCGUGCCGCGCUAUGAGUGAUGGUAGCUACAUGGAGACGAGCGAGAAUGAUGAACCACACAGUUCGGAUUUCGAGGAACAGGGGGCCUUCUACGCAGAAGAGGACUCCGACGACAACGAUCUUUCUCAGUUAGUCGAGCUUAAGAGGCAGAAAUCGUAUGAGGUGCUGGACAAAGAAGGUCUCGAAGCGAGAAUUAAGAAGUUAGUCAGAGAGGUCAUGGAAGUCCUGGGCAUUUCCAACGAGGCCUCUGCUAUUCUACUAUUACGUCAUUUUAAGUGGAACAAGGAAAAGUUCGUGGACGCCUAUACGGCGGACUACGAAAAAACGCUCGAGGGGGCUGGCGUGUUCCCCGAAUUGGAAAUUGAGCCGAAAUUCAAAAAAAAAAAAGGUGUACGAAUGUUUGGUUUGCUGCGAGGACUAUUCUGGAAAAGAGACCUACGCCCUUGGAUGUGGCCAUCGCUAUUGUUUGUCCUGUUGGUCUGGAUAUUUAGAGAACCAGCUUCACACCGGCGUUCAUUUAGCCGUAAACACCAAGUGUCCGUCUCCCAAGUGUCCGGCAAUUGUCCACGAAGUCGCUUGGAAAAAGCUCGUUCCGAAGCACGUGUACAGACGCUACGCUAGCUUUGCGCUGAAGAGCAUGGUCAUCGACGAUCCGCUUCUUAAGCCUUGUCCCGCCCCAAACUGCUCCAAAGUGAUCCGGGUGGACUUCCGAGACCGAACGAAGCCGGUCGAGUGCACCUGCAAGUUCAGGUGGUGUUUUCGUUGCUCUGACUACGACAUCGGAGACCACGUUCCCGCGACGUGCGAAAAUGUCAUGGCUUGGAACGAGCGCGCUUCCAGCGAAAGCGAAAACAUCAAGUGGUUGAUCGUGAACACGAAGCGGUGUCCAGAAUGUCACCGACCUAUAGAGAAGAACGGCGGAUGCAUGCACAUGACUUGCAGUCGAAAGAGCGGCGGAUGUGGAUACGAGUUUUGUUGGCUGUGUCGCGGCCCUUGGAAGGAACAUGGAACCGACACGGGCGGAUAUUAACUCAUGCAAACAAGUACAACUCGUCGACGGCUAAGGAAGAAGACAUAAAGAACGAGGAGAUGAAGACGGAGCUGGAAUACUACAUGUUUUAUUAUCAUCGCUACGAAUCCCACCGCAUUGCCAUGAAAGUCGUGUCAACUCAACGAGAACGGUGCGACCAACAGGUCGCGGAGUUGGUCAAGAAGUUUUCGAUACGAGCUCAAGACGCCCUAUUUUUAUAUGACGCGACGCAGCAAAUCCUGAACAAUCGCCGCGUUUUGCUCUGGUCGUAUGUAUACGGUUUUUUUUUGACACCUAAAGACCGCGAAAAGGAGUUGUAUGAGUUUUUGCAAGAGGAUCUGGAGAAAUUUAACGAGGCCCUGACCAAGCUAUACGAAAAGCCCAUACAGGAAAUCACCGAGUACUCGGAAUUUUCUCCAAUGGGAAAAGCCAAGUGGCCAACAAGACCCGUGUGACGAAAAACUUCCUGGAUAAGUUUGUUCAAGGAACGGCCAGGGGACUGACCUCCGGUAACUAAAGGAGUCGUGCGCUCGUGUUGCACGUUCGCGGCAAGUUGAAAUAUGUAGAAGGCUCUUUUUUUUUUUAGAAGAAAAUGUGUGCAUGGAGGGAGGAGUGGAGAAGCCUUGCAUUAAUGAAAAAAAAAAUAUAUUUUUUUGGUCUUAUCACUAAUUCUUGAUUAGUAUAUAGCGUUUACACCGUUGAAUGCAACAAUCGGGGAACUCUAAUUGUCUUCGUACACAGACGAAAUCGACAAACGCUACUGCACUCUCGGUCUCUGGAAGGCACGAUCAGAAGGUUGGAAUCGACGCUUAGCUUCACAAAAUGGAAGCGCUUUUUAUUUUUUCAUUAGAAGGUGACAAAACUGUGUUUUUACAAAAAACAAGCACGAAAUAGAACACGUGGAUAUAAUAGAUUUGAAAGACGUAUCCGACAUUUCACAAAAAAUUCCAGACAAGCUAAAGGAGGACGAAAAAUGGCAAAUAAAAAGUUUCGAUGAAUUGUGGCAAGACCUAUUAUUUUUGCACAGAAAAGGAAGAAGAGCUUCGCCAUAUACUCGAAAGCCUACAAAACUGGCUUAACUAUUUUCGGAAGGAACAGCGAUCGAGCCUUCAAGAUCUGAAGUCUAAUGGAACGCCUAAAUUCAUGAUUUCCAAUUCUGAGCACCGAAAUGUCAUCAAACCUCCGCGAAUACUAACGCUAUUCGUGGGGAAAGCAAAUCCGGAAAAAUUUGUCAAAGACCCCAAUGAAUCUCCUGUGGUCAAUUUGUCUACCCGUGCCGUGUAUCGUACUAAAUUUUCUAAAAAUGAGCAGAAUCCCGCGUCCAUUAAGUGACUGGCACAAUGAUGCUUCUCCUCCUCAUGACACCGACAUGGGCUCUCUGAAUCAGUGGACGUCAGAUGAUGGCACCCUCCUGUAUGUCCAUGGACGACCUUGACAAUUUCAAUGCAAAGAAAUCCUGCGGCUUAAACAGCAGGUCUCUGACCUGAAAAAAACGCGAGUCGACCCUCAAGAACGCGAUGGAAGCCAUGGCGCAGAGCUUUCACGCUAAAGAGCUAGAAUACAAGAAACAAAUCAAAGAAAAACAUAUGCAAUCAGAAGCUGAGAAAAAAAAAUUUAAUCUGAUUGUCAAUUCCAAAGAGUUUUUUUGUCGAAAAGCCUCGAACAGGAAAAGCGAAAUUUGAUCAAUUCUGAAAUCGAACACCUAAAGUGUAUUAUCGAUUCGAAAGGAACCGCGAACUGAAGGAGCAGGCGCUACAGCUUGCGUACAAGGAAGUAAAAUUGUUAGACUGCAGGGAACAAUGCGCCAAGUUGGAAAGAUACUACCAACUGAGUAUAGCUUCGCACCUAUUAAAAGCCGACAAACAGAUCUCGGAGCUAAAAAAUGCCCUGGAAGCAGUAAGGAGCCGAUAUUUCGAUACCUUGGCCUCCAGCUUUAGAAAUUCGCUGUCAGUACACCUUAGACUACUCCGAUAUGUACGAACAAUGUUUGAAAGAGCAAAUACCACUGGAGUCUUGGCAUAAAUGGCUUCGAGCGCAUAUGGAACAAGGUUACGUGUCCAAAGAUGACGAAGAAGAGGAAGACGUACACAAAUUUUGAUCAGCGAUUUUUUGUGAGACGACAGUUACCCUCUUAGAAAAAGCGUGUCCAGAGCAAGGGAUUCUAUUGUACAGAGUUAUAGAAAAUGUGAAAAGAUAUCUCCACUAUAUUUUAGACUGCCUAUGAAAACAAAAGUUUUAUAGCUUUUUUGACUGCUGCUUUAACUGUACCAAAAUUUCUAGCUACACAGAAAGGACCAAUAUGGUGCCGUCUAAAUAUGUCAUACGUUUUUUUUUUUUUUUUAAACAAAUCUGAGCACUGACUACAAACCUUUAAGCCAGGUACGCGGUCACUGACAUUUGUCAUUUAGUAGCUCUGUAGACUCAAUCUUUUCAACGGUUUCGAGUAUGCUCCUCAGGCCAUUUCUGGCUAGUCUUAAACGUUCACAUGAAUUAUGAAGGCACUUUCCAGAAAUAUACAAAGAGUC